AUGUUCUGUUUUGUUGCUGUGGAUGAGGCAGCUAGUGCUGACUGCUGCACGAUUGCUGCUGCUGGUGUUGCCGUCGCGGACGCUUUUGGUGUGCAACCGCUCGCCGCCGCUACUGCUGCUCAGGAGCUGAGCGCGCUGUACGCCAUCGCCGACGUGCUGGUCAUAACCCCCAUCCGCGACGGCAUGGACGUGGUGCCGUUCGAGUACGUGGUCUCCCGGGAGUGCCGACGCCUGCCCGCCACCGUCGUGCUCAGCGAGUUCGCCGGCUGCGCCAGGUCCAUCGGCGGUGCUGUUUUGAUCAACCCCUGGAACACCACCGAGUUCGCCGAGAAGAUGAUCGGCGCCAUCAACAUGGAGGAGAACGAGCGAGAGAUCAGGCAAGCCGGCUGUUGGUCUGAUUUUGGCGGUGGCGGUGGUGGUGGUCGGCAGCUCCACGACGCCAACGAGGGCUGGGUGCGGACCACCGCGCGUCUCCUCCAGAAGGAGCAUGUCGUCAUGUCGUUCAUGUACAGCCGUUGGCGCCUGGUGGCGUUCAACCUUGAGGGUGUUCUGGCGAGGGCCUGCGCCUUGCCGGAGCUGGUGCAUAUCCCGGCGGAGACGGCGGCGUCGUUGGACUCCCUAUCGAGGGAGCCCAAGAACAUGGUCGUGGUGAAGAGCCCUCGGAGCCGAGACACGCUGGAUCGCCUGCUGGGCCGCACGAACUGCGUGCUCGCUGCCGAGCACGGAGCCUUCAUCCGAUGGGGGAAGCACGCUCAUUGGCAGCCGCUGCUUCCUAACGUGGAUAUGAGCUGGAUAGGGGAUAUCGAGCCCCUGCUGGAGUACUACACGGAACGCACACCCGGGGCCGUGAUCGAGAGCCGGGAGGUGAGCAUGGCGUGGCACUACCGGGACUGCGAUCUCGGGCACGGGGCAUGGCAGGCCAAGCAGCUACAUGUCUCUCUCCUGCAGCUGUCCAAGCGCCUGCCCAUCAGCGUCUACGCGGGAGACAAGGUGCUGGAGAUCAUCCCACAGGAGAUGAACGUGCAGGUUUCCCACUUCCUGGAGAUUGUGGUUACCCGAUUCCGCAGGCUGCUCAAGUCCAAGCCGCCCGAAGACAGCCUCCAGUUGCACGGACAAAGUUUCGAGGACGAGGAGGGCCACGGCGAGUGUUUCUCUAGCGUCAUCGCCGGCGUCGACAUCGGAGACGCAGACGGCUACUAUAGCGAGCGUUAG